CGUUGCGUUUUUCCGAAGAAAAAAUCUCGAUGGGAGCGAAAACAAAACCAUCCGUCACGCCGACGCCGGCUUGGGACGGUGCCAUAGAAUCCGAAUCCAUCCGUUUGCAACCACCCAACAGAACAGGACGGGACAGAACGGGACAGAACGGGACACCCAAGCAGGGCACUAUAUUCCACGACAAGCACAGCAUUGUUUCGCUUCGCGUCGAUCCGAGAACAGAACCAUGGCGUUUGCAAGAGCAACCGCAGCAGCAGCAGCAACCGCCACCGGGGCCGCCAGGUCCGUGCUCACCGCUUCGCGUGGCCGUCUCGUUGGCAGGCCCCCGAUGCAGGGCAUCGCGGGUGCCGCGGCCUGGAGCCGAGAAUCCGCGAUCGACGUUCUCUCCGGUGUGAGUAAGAAGCAUGCCGAGAGAUGUUAUAAGACGCACCGUCGUGGGAGUGGUGCCGCGGGAACAAACCCUCGUGUGUAGUACCCGAUGGCGUUGUUCCCGGAAAGAGUACGACAACCAAGACCUUUGCUUGGAAACCACCACACCAACCCAUUCGUUUGCUUUUGCUUUUGCUUGUGCGUUUGCUUUUUCCUUUUUGCUUUUUCCUUUUUUUGGUUCUCCUGCACACCAGGACGAGCGGCUACGAAACGACUUUGCUUAUGCUCUGUCCAUGGCAUCGCCGUCCCUGCACGAUGGCUGCGGCACGGGCGGGAACAGCUCUGUCUUUCUGAGCCAACGCCAGAGAGAACAACUUGCCAUCAGCAAGGACCAGCUCCGAUAAAAACAGAAGGGAAGAGAAGAGAAGAGAACGGAGGCGACAACAAACUCCAAACACCAAGCGGAGAAUUGAAAUCGCGAAGAGAACAAAGAACACGGCACCGAGACAUAGAAAGAGCAUCGAACGAUCGACAAGAUGGGGUACGUAGAUCCGAUGCAUUAAACACCGAGAGAAGAAAGGAUUGUCCACCCUUGUGCCCAGUAGAACAUUGAAUAUAGAUACAUAGAUUUA